UUCAGCGCGCGUAAAACCCUCCUUCCAUCCAGAGUCAUGGGCGGAGGCCUUGGGCGGGUUUUGGAGAAAGUGCACGCGUCUCACUCACGCAGGCUCAGCUGUUGGCACGCGCUCGCGGUGACUUGAGGCUGAGCUUGGGGCAAGUUUUUAACAGCUCCUGCUGCUGUGCGCGCAGCCGUUUUCUUUCAGUUCUGUCAAAAUGUGUUUUCUCCAGAGCACGCCGACACACAGCUGAGCGGGAUGCAGGCUUUAGAGCCCUGAAGGACCUUUUCUUUGGGCGACGUUUGCAGGAGCAGCGCGCGGCUCGCUCGAGGUUUGGGUGAGAGCUACGAGGUGGGGCGAUGGGCACGCCUGGGUCGUGGACAGCGCACUGGGUCACGGCUCUGUUCAUUUGUCGCGCUGCGGCUCAGUACUCCAGCGAUCAGUGCAACUGGCGUGGAAGUGGUUUGAGUCAUGAGCCGCACCUCCAGGACGUGGAGCAGGUGUACCUCCGCUGUGCUCAGGGCUCUCUGGAGUGGCUCUAUCCCACCGGAGCCAUCAUUAUAAACCUGCGUCCAAACUCAGAACCGCUGUCCAGGCACGAGACCGGGCUCCACGCCUGCAUCAAGCCUCACACAGACUCUAAGGGAUCUCAUAUAUAUUUGGAGCGAGCUGGAGAGCUGAAGCUACUGCUGACAGAGGAACAGCAGGCCCAGGGUGCGGUGCACUGCUUCAGCCUGACAGAGGGGGCGCUGUUUGUGGAGGCGUCUGCUCACUCAGACAUCAGCCGCAGGAUCACAACUUUUCAGUACGAGGUGCUGACCACAUACCCAGGAGUGCACAUGUUCCCCUAUCUGCACCAGGGGCCAGUGACAUGUAAACCUUGUUCAGAUGAAGAGGUCCUUAUGGCAGUGUGCACCAGUGACUUUGUGGCCAUUGGUGAGUUCCACAGCACAGUCCCAAGUCCAGGCGCACACACUGUGGCUGUCGUGGUGCUGAGUCAACUGCUCAUGAGCUCAGAGGUGCUGGUGUCCAGGCCUCACUAUGACGACAGAGCUGUGGCUCAGGGGAUCCCCCCUCAGGACCCUCCAAUGGAACCGGACGUCCCACACCCAUCCUCAGGCUCUGCCCCGGCUGGGUACCGCUCAGCUAAGUACUCACCGGCCGAGUGGUUUUCCAACUACCACAACAUUCUGAAGCAGGCCGCCACAGAGCACAAUGAAGCGGAGAGGGUCCAGAGACGGAGCCAGAGGCUCUGUGGGCAAAAGUUGAGACUGGAGAGGGCACUCGACGCUACAGAGAUCCCCUUUGCAAUUGCCACAGACAACCUGACCUGUCACACCAGGAGACCAGCGCCCGACCUGGUCCACGACACAGUGGAGGAGGAGCUGCUUAAGGAGGUGGACCUUAUCAAAAACAUACAGGCAUUGCUGAGGAGGACCACAGCUCAGGUGGUCUGUCAAAUCAAGCUCAACAAAGACACCAAUCAGAUGCUGGAGAUGGACUGGUCUGAUAAAUAUGAAGCCUAUAACCUGGACGACACAUGUGGGAGAUACAGAAACACCAGUGCAGACACAAAACAUCACCCAAGCUCAGCCAACAUGCAGGAUCAGGUUUGUAACCCAGUAUCUUGGACCAAGUUCACUCAGGACAAUCUGACAAAAGCAAUGCAGGAAGAACAUGCCACUUACAGCCUCAGAAUGUUGGUGGAGAGAGUUGUGGAGGACACCACCAGAGACAUGAGGGUGCAGUGUGCCAGUGUGGAUCAGGCUUUCACUCAGCGCUGUGACGAGCUAAUCCAGGCCAAGACACAGCUGGAGAACAAGCAUGCUCAGAUUUUGGAGCAGAUUGGAGCUCAAGAGAGAAACAUUGUGGCACUGCAACAGGCCAUACACGACAAAGAAGCUCCUUUAAGAGUGGUUCAGUCUAGACUGUAUGUGCGCUCCCAACGAUCUAACAUGGAACUGUGCAGAGACCCUCCCCAGCUCAGUCUGGAGACAGAGGAGAAACAGAUCCAUGCCUCAGUGGAGUCUCUGCAGCAACAGCUGAGUCAGGCCCGCGGAUCCCUGUCCUUCCUGGAAGAGUCACGGAUGGCCAUUGAAAAAGAUAUAGCAUGUAAAGCUAACUCUUUAUCGAGAGGUAUUUGA